AUGGGUUAUUUGCCACAUUCUGGUCUAUCGUUCUUUAAUACCUUCUAUUUCUCCUACAUAUCUAUUUCGACAAUUGGCUUGGGUGAUAUCAUGCCUAACAACGCUACGUUUCAUCCAAUCAUUUCUGCGCUAUUCUUCUUCGGAAUGCCAGUGAUGAAGGUGGUCAACCGUGCCACAUAUGUCUGCAUAGAAAAUGGGGUAUUUGGGGCUUUCACGCUUCUCGAAAGCUCUAUUGAUCGAUUGACGACGAAGAUUCAGCCGGCGGUUCAACCACGGGAAGAGGAGCCUUCACUACGACCUUCCAGAAAGAUCAGUCGCUGCAGUUACUGUACUCAUAUUAAUGAGGAACCAGAAGAAGAGGACAAGGCCACCGAUUUGUUGAACGGUCUAACAAUCCGCUCGUUGGCCGCGUUCGCGCGAGCGAACUCCGACGUCUACGGUGGCGGGUUUGGACGAGUUAAUCUGCGAUGCCCAGUGAUCUGCGCUCCAAGUCAACCAGACGAACCGUCGAUCAGAAUCCAAGUGCAUCCAACUACUAUA